GAUAGUCAGUAGGUCUGGGGGAAGGCAAGAGGUGGCCCGGGAUGCCUGUGGUGGGGGGAGAAAAGAGAAGCCUCGAAAAGCUUGGAGGCAAAAUUGCGCUUGUGGUCUUUGCAUCCCUUCAGCCUUGAGCGCGGGAGAACACUUUUUAAGACUCAGCUUGGAGGAAAGCCUCCGUCCCAGGGGAGGAGAGGCGUCUGCAGAGACCGCCGCUACCUGCCGGGUGCGCCCCCCAACCCAGGCGCGCUCGCUUUUGUCCCCCCUUUCUCCCCCGCCCCCACCUUCUUAUUGGUGCUGGUUUGCAGCGCUCGGCUCCUGCGCCUUCACUUCGCGUUUGAAUCUGGCUCGCCCCUCCGUAUUAUGUCUGCACUCCGAAGGAAAUUUGGGGACGAUUACCAGGUAGUAACCACCUCGUCCAGCGGCUCGGGCUUACAGCCCCAGGGGCCGGGCCAGGGCCCGCAGCAGCUUGUGCCCAAGAAGAAGCGGCAGCGGUUCGUGGACAAGAACGGUCGGUGCAAUGUACAGCACGGCAACCUGGGCAGCGAGACGAGUCGCUACCUCUCGGACCUCUUCACCACCCUGGUGGACCUCAAGUGGCGCUGGAACCUCUUCAUCUUCAUCCUCACCUACACCGUGGCCUGGCUCUUCAUGGCGUCAAUGUGGUGGGUGAUCGCCUACACUCGGGGCGACCUAAACAAAGCCCAUGUCGGCAACUACACACCCUGCGUGGCCAAUGUCUAUAACUUCCCCUCUGCCUUCCUCUUCUUCAUCGAGACCGAGGCCACCAUCGGCUAUGGCUACCGCUACAUCACCGACAAGUGCCCCGAGGGCAUUAUCCUCUUCCUCUUCCAGUCCAUCCUCGGCUCCAUCGUGGACGCCUUCCUCAUUGGCUGCAUGUUCAUCAAGAUGUCCCAGCCCAAGAAGCGCGCGGAGACCCUUAUGUUUAGUGAGCACGCGGUGAUUUCCAUGAGGGACGGAAAACUCACGCUUAUGUUCCGGGUGGGCAACCUGCGCAACAGCCACAUGGUCUCCGCGCAGAUCCGCUGCAAGCUGCUCAAAUCUCGGCAGACACCUGAGGGUGAGUUCCUUCCCCUUGAUCAACUUGAACUGGAUGUAGGUUUUAGUACAGGGGCAGAUCAACUUUUUCUUGUUUCCCCCCUCACGAUUUGCCACGUGAUCGAUGCCAAAAGCCCCUUUUAUGACCUAUCCCAGCGAAGCAUGCAAAGUGAACAGUUCGAGAUUGUCGUCAUCCUAGAAGGCAUUGUGGAAACAACUGGGAUGACUUGUCAAGCUCGAACAUCAUACACUGAAGAUGAAGUUCUUUGGGGUCAUCGGUUUUUUCCUGUAAUUUCCUUAGAAGAAGGAUUCUUUAAAGUUGAUUACUCCCAGUUUCACGCAACAUUUGAAGUCCCCACCCCACCUUACAGUGUGAAAGAACAGGAGGAAAUGCUUCUCAUGUCGUCCCCGUUAAUAGCGCCUGCCAUAACUAACAGCAAAGAGAGACACAAUUCUGUGGAUUGCUUAGAUGGACUGGAAGACAUUAGUACAAAACUUCCAUCUAAGCUGCAGAAAAUUACUGGAAGAGAAGACUUUCCCAAAAAACUCUUGAGGAUGAGUUCUACAACUUCAGAAAAAGCCUACAGCUUGGGAGACUUGCCCAUGAAACUUCAACGAAUAAGUUCAGUUCCUGGCAACUCAGAAGAAAAACUGGUAUCUAAAACCACCAAGAUGUUGUCUGAUCCCAUGAGCCAGUCAGUGGCUGAUUUGCCACCAAAGCUUCAAAAGAUGGCUGGGGGAACAGCCCGGAUGGAAGGGAAUCUUCCAGCCAAAUUAAGAAAAAUGAACUCUGAUCGAUUCACAUAACAAACACUGCCUUAGGCAUUAUUUACUGUUUGAUUUAGUAAUAAUCUAAUAUUUGGCUGAUGAGGUAAUCCUGUCUAAGGAAUCUGAAAAUUAAAUUCCACCCCCCAAGUCAAAUAUGCUUAUCUGACAGCCCUUUCUUCUCAAGUAUUGCUACUGUGCAGAAAGCAAAAGUUGUGAAGGGAGGACAUCAUAAGGAAAUUCUUAUUAAUGGGCAUGUAUUAUCACAUCAUGCAUGCAAUAAUGUGCAAAUUUUGCAUUUAGUUUUAUGGCAUGAUUUAUAUAUGGUAUAUUUAUAUUGUAUAUUCUGGAAAAUAUAUAUAUAUAUAUAUUUAAAGGAGUGGUACUCUCCAUGACAUUUCUAACAUAUAUAUGUAUUAAGCCAAACAUGAGUGGAUACCUUUCAGGGCGAUAAAACUGUAUAUAUGUGUGUAUAAGUAUAUACAUACAUAUAUGUGUAUAAGUAUACUUAUACACACGUAUGAACACACACACACAUACAUACAUAUAUAUCUGAUAAAAUUGUGAUGUUUUGUUCAAAGUUGUAGUUCUUGUGCAUGUUUAAUUUAUUAUGCUAGGAAGGCUACUGGCAUUAAUUAUUAAUACCAAAUAUUUUAGCCUUAAAUUAUUUGUUAUUUUAAAAUCUGAUUUAAUGUUUUCUGCUGUUUAAGGUCCUGGAAGAUUUUCAAUUGUACUUUAUAUGAGGGAGCCCCACAAGUGUGUGCUAUUUAUGGCCCUGCAAAAAUAUACUUAACUCAUAAAUUUUAGAGCAUACCAAUAUGUUGAAAAUUUUUAUAAUUUUUGAAACCUGCUAGUACUGGGAAGAAAUAAACAUAGAUUAAUUUGGGAAUUGGUCCUCUCCUGGACUAAUUAAAAUCUGGAUAUCUGUUUUGUAUAUGAUCUAACACAAAUAUGAGCUCUGAACAAAUGCUGAGUCAUUGUGAGUCAGUAACCAAGUUAUGUUGCAUAUACAAGAAUCUGUGUGAAAUUACAUAAUUAACGAGCCCUGUUUCAAACUCAGUCAAUUUUUACUUUGUUUCUAAAACUUCUGUCAUUUUAAAAACCAAUCACUUAUCUUGAGGAGACAUGACAAUACAAUGAAACAGAUGAUAAAUGUUUAUGCUUUAAAUAUGUAUGUCUAAUCAAGCUUUUUUCCCAGAGCUUUUUUAAAAAUUUUAUUUUUCAUCUACAAUUUUCAUUCAACACCUUUUUUUGGAUAUUAGUUUCAGGUGUACAGGACAGCAGAUAGACAUUCAUACAGGUUACAAAGUGUUUUCUCCAAGUCCUUCUUCUUAUGCCUUUCUUUUAUUUGUUGUAAUAGGACAGACUUUAUUUUCUCACCUGGGGAAUCUGCCCCAUCCCGCACCUGUCACUCAGUUCAGAAGGAAUGUUCGGUAUAUACUGGAGAGAAUUUAAAAGUAGAUGAAUUGAAGAUAGUUUAGUCAUCUGUGGAGUUUUUUCUGUUUUUGUGUUGUUUCUGCCGUUAUUUGGUUGGUUAAACACUGACUUUAUUAGUGUGUUGGAUCCCUGGCCUACCAAAAUAAUUUUAGCAGUACUAUUUUUUUAAUGCUAAGGUUUUAUAUUUAUGAUUCAUUAAGAAAUCAAAACUAUUGCUCGGUAAAACACCUACAAAAUAAAUAUUUGGAAUGCAGAGAUUUUUAUGAAAAUUUACAAGUGCUCCUUAUCAAAAUAUCAUGGAUUUUCAUAUAAAACUGUUUUGAUCAUUGCGAUCUAAGUCUGCCCAUAAUUAAUCUCUCUCUCCUCAUUAAUGAGUAAAUCUUUAAUGGUUGGUAUGGGCACUCAUCAUUUCCCAUUUUUAGCAAUCUUGUGAUAAUUUCCUUAUUGGAAAAUUAUUACAUCAACAAUUCUCUUAUUGACUACAAUAAUACCUUCUGGCUACCUCUGUAUCAACCAAAUUCUGUAGGUGCAAACAUAUACCAGGGAAUUGUUACUGGCAAAAUGAGCAUCCAUCCACUGUGAAUAGAGCUGGUUGCCAUACCCCUUAAUCUCCAAACUUUCCUUUUUGCUAGAUAUAAGAAAUGAAAUAGUAGCAGAAAGAGAAGGGAGUCCAGGGGUCAUAUUAUAUUUAUUAUCAGUGGAAGAAACCACAUAGAUUAUUUAGUCCAAACACUUAAAACUAAAUAGAGCCAUAAUUUAACUUGGAGAGUUAUUUUGUCUUUGGUACCAAGGAGAAUAUGGACCCAAAAGUAAACUCUCCAAAUGUAUUAAUUAAUUCAUUUAAUGAUUUUUUUUUUUUGCAUGUCUUUUAUGGCCCAGGCAUUUCUAGCUCCUGGGGGAUUUAUGUAUGACUAAGUCAGAGGAGGUCACUGCCUAUUUGAACAAUGCGUAUCAGUAGGAGAAUGGGAGGGGAUGCUGUGAGAUAGACAAAAACCAAGUGCGUUGACUUCAGACAGUCAAGAUAAUAGUUAAAGGAAGGAAAACAGAGUAACAUGAAAAAAAUGACUGGGUGAAUUAAAAAUUGACUAUUUUAGAAGAGGUGUCUGGUUUAAGGAGUGGGUGAUACUUAAACAGAGACCUGGAUAAUGAGAAACACCACUGUUGCAAAAUUAACGUUUCUUAGUGAAUGCUAUUCCUUUAUUUUCAGCACAUAUGUAUCAGAAAGGUAUGAUUUCUGCAUGUAAUUGCAGUGUAACCCCUAUUGCAAAGUUGAUCAUAGGUUCCAGUUUACCCAAGAGAGUUCCAGUUUUUCCUGUUGUAACUGUGUAAUUAUUAACAGCACUCCCUUUCACUCUUAGAGUGUCUUGGUUUGUACAUUAUAUGGUGACUCUAUGUUUUUGUUGAA